GCAUCUCGUCGUCACGCAGAUGCCGACGCAGAAGUUCACUUUUGCGAUCACCAUGGCGCUCCCGUUUCAGAAGUACGAAACGCAGCCUCUGCGGUUGUCCCACAGACUGAUCCCCGCGUACGAGAACGCGAUGAGCGAGCUGCUGAAGUACCCGGUCUCCGUGGACAUCAGGAAGGCGAACGGAUUCUACGCCGUCCCCCACGGGCCGAAGGUGUACGGGAUAAUGA